AUGAAAUUACCACCAGAUCUCACCAGCGGUGUGACGACUUUUAUCUGGUCGCCUUCUUCUACGAGAAUCCUGGUUGCUAUUCCCGAUCAAGUACAUGUCUUCGCAGCGAGAGCAGGCGACUUUCAUGCAGUUAUUAGGAUUCCGUCUUCGGCCACCAAAUCUACAUUCAUCGACUUUGGGCCAACCGACCAUGAGGUUUGCCUCUGGUCACCUUUUGGCAUCAAGCUAACUCUUGCCAAUCUCAAAUGCUCAAAAGCGGUAGAAAUUGCUAACCCCAAAUUCUACAAUGCUACUUCUGCGACAAGAGGAUGUUCCUUUCGGCCGAAUACGCACCACCUUGCGUUGCUUACAAGGUCUUCUGGCAAAGACAUGAUUAGCAUUCAUUCUCCUGAUACUAGAGUGAUUGAGCGGUCCUGGUACCCGGAUACUGUCGAUGCCCAAGGACUAGCCUGGACCCCAGAUGGACGUUGGCUAGUGGUGUGGGAAUCAUCUUCCCAAGCUCCCAGGGUACUUUUCUACACUUCUGAUGGUCACAUCUUCAAGGAUUGGUGUGGUCCCCCCCCUCAUGCGUCUGACGACAUGAAUCUUAAGUAUGGUACGGGCGUUAGAGCAGUCACCCUGAGCCCAGAUGGUCGACUUGCCGCAGUCACUAACGGCUCUACCUGCAUAUGCAUCCUAAAUAUGCCGUCCAUGGUCGAGACAAUGCGGCUCCAUCACCCCCAAGUCGCCCAGCCUAAAGAUACAUUGCAAGUAAGUAAGCCCCCCUCCAUUCUGGCCUCUGGGCAUGCCUCGUUGACUAUGAAGAUUUGGCAAGAACAAAAUACUCUCCCCAAUACUGGAUCGUUUUCGUUGCCGGCAUUUGUCAAAGCUACCCAAGCGGUGACCCCACAGUGGACAGGCACGAACAACUUCCAAGAAUCCACAUCCGGCUGUAACCUUGCCAAAUUCGAUUGUUCUUCGUCUCUCCUGGCCACGAGACUAGAAGACGCGCCAGGAACGAUCUGGAUCUGGGAUAUCCCUAGUUCCGAUCUUCGGGCUGUGCUUAUGUACCAUGCCAAUGUGACAAAAUUAGAAUGGCACCCUUCGCAGCCGGAACAGCUCCUCGUGAGGUGUGAGGGUGGCAAUUAUGCUAGUCUGGUGUUCGCUUGGGAUCCCUUAAGCCACGGUCCGCAUUCCAUUGAUAUGGCUCACCGAUUCCCAGGGACCGUUAGCGGUAAAACGCAUGCCACAUGGUUGAAGGCGACGACAGAAUCUGCAGCAUUCUUUUUCACAGACAACGCAACUUGCAUGGUUGCUUCACUUGCAGAUUCAGAUGGGGAAAUCCUCCCUUGGCAAGAUGAAUCUGCGCCCCCAAGCCCCGUCAGCAAUGAGAGUAACAUAGACAUGCGGCCAUCAAGACACGCGUCGCUUUCGGAUUUUGGGGACAGCAUUGCCAUUGACGUGGAUGACGACUAUACGGGCGAAUUGGAUGACACAUUUGAAUUCAGGAAGUUCGUCGGCCAUUAA